GAUCUCGCUAAAGAUAAGAGAAGCAAUCAAAUCAGAGGAAACGAUAUCGUUUGAAUCAAUCUCAAAUAUACGUGCGUUGUGCGGUCCUUAAAGAAAAGCUAAAAGGCAGAAACGACCAAAUUCAACUCCGUUUCUUAGCCUGCCUCUUUACAUGCACAGUCUUUCUCUCUCCCCGCUAUCAAGUUCAUAGCUGAAUAAUGUUAAUCCUUUUAACAGGAUAUCAUUUGGGUUGAGCUCUCCGGUUCAAAUAUAUCUGCUUUAACAAGGGGGGCAAUGGCAACUAUAAUUCCGUCGUUUGCGAUAAGGCCAUGUUAUUGUGUCUGUGGAGCCACAGAGUCAUCGAAACUGGCAGUUACCGGAAACAAGGACUUUGGGAGAUUGGUUUUGGAUCAAAGAUUGUUCAAUCAGAGAUUGCACUUCUGGAAACAAAGUCCGCAUUGGAGUCUCGAUUCAAGAGUAUGUUCUGCGGCACGAGUUCCUGUUCAGCAAACGGAACUGAGAUUUUCAACAAGCGCCCCACUUGAUGAACUGAAUAAGGUAUCGACUUAUUUAUUUAGGACACAAUUUGGUGGUCAUGUGAAAGUUUUAGUUAGAAAGAAAAAUGCUAAGUAUGCAGUUUAUAUCGAGGUUUCAUCUCUGGAACUAGGUACUACUGACUACAGACUGAUGCUUAUUUGGGGUAUAUAUAGAUCUGAUUCAUCAUGUUUCAUGCCACUGGAUUCUCAAAAUUUUGCCCCAAAUGCUCGGAAAAUGGAUACUGCUCUUGUACAGAAUUCUUUUGGUACAUUUGCACUUGAACUAGAGUUUGAGCCAAAACAAACACCCUUUUAUCUCUCUUUUUUGCUGAAAUCUAAGUUAAAUACUGAUGCAAGUGGCUUAGAAAUCAAGAACCACAAGAAUGCAAAUUUUUGUGUGCCGAUUGGUUUCAAUUCAGGUGACCCUAGUCCAUUGGGUCUUUCAUUUUCGACUGAUGGUUCCAUGAAUUUUGCAUUUUUUUCGAGAAAUGUAGAAGGUCUAGUUCUAUGCUUGUAUGACGACUCUACAACAGAUAAACCUGCUUUAGAGCUUGAUCUGGAUCCAUAUGUUAAUCGAACAGGUGAUGUCUGGCAUGCCUCGCUGGAAGGUGCCUGGACAUUUACAAGCUAUGGCUAUCGAUGCAAGGGAGCUAUUCUUCAGGGAAACACUAGUAAGGUUGACAUGGAGUGUGUUCUUUUGGAUCCAUAUGCUAGAGUUAUUGCUAGUUCCAUGACAGAUCAUGGAUCUCGUUUGUCAGCAAAGUAUCUUGGACGGUUAUGUGAGGAACCUGCUUUUGAGUGGGGCAGUGAUAUUCGUCCAAACUUGGCCAUGGAGAAACUAAUUGUCUAUCGACUGAAUGUGAAGCGUUUUACUGAACACAAGUCUGGUAAGCUAUAUAGUGAUAUUGCAGGGACUUUUGCUGGUUUGAUCGAGAAGAUGGACCAUUUCAGAAAUCUUGGUGUAAAUGCAGUCUUAUUAGAGCCAAUAUUUCCAUUUGAUGAACAAAAAGGACCAUACUUUCCAUACCAUUUCUUUUCGCCAUCAAAUAUAUAUGGGCCUUCUGGUGGCUCCAUAUCUGCUAUUACUUCGAUGAAGGAGAUGGUAAAAGAACUGCAUGCCAAUAGGAUAGAGGUUUUACUGGAAGUUGUUUUCACUCAUACUGCUGAAGGUGGAGCACUGCAAGGAAUUGACGACUUCUCCUAUUAUUAUACAAAGAGCAGUAUGGACUCAAGAAAUGCUUUGAACUGUAAUUAUCCGAUCGUCCAAAGGAUGAUUUUAGAUAGUCUUCAGCACUGGGUGACUGAGUUUCACAUUGAUGGCUUCUGUUUCAUAAAUGCUUCAGCUCUUCUGACAGGGUUUCAUGGCGAACAUUUAUCUCGCCCUCCCUUGGUUGAAGCAAUAGCUUUUGAUCCAAUACUCUCAAAGACCAAGAUCAUUGCAGACCCUUGGCACCCUGAGCACAGGAUACCAAAGGAAACCUGCUUUCCUCAUUGGAAAAGAUGGGCGGAGAUUAAUCCAAAAUUUUGUAUUGAUGUAAGGAAUUUUUUGAGAGGUGAAAGUCUACUCGGUGACCUUGCAACAAGGCUCUGUGGGAGUGGGGACAUUUUUUCAAAUGGACGUGGCCCGGCUUUCUCUUUUAAUUAUAUUGCCAGAAAUUCUGGACUUCCUCUAGUGGACCUUGUCAGCUUCAGCGGUGGUGAACUGGGCUCUGAAUUAAGCUGGAAUUGUGGGGAAGAAGGACCAACAAACAAAACCGCUGUCCUUGAAAGACGGCUUAAACAAAUCCGUAAUUAUCUCUUCAUUCUAUAUGUUUCAUUGGGUGUCCCUGUUCUGAACAUGGGAGAUGAGUGUGGGCAGUCCUCUAGGGGUUCAAUUUCAUAUGGUGACAGAAAGCCUUUUGAUUGGAAUGCAUUAUCAACUAGUUUUGGUAAUCAAAUGACACAGUUCAUCUCAUUUUUGAGCUCAUUGAGAAUGAGGCGAAGUGACCUCCUUCAAAAGAGGAACUUCUUGAAGGAAGAAAAUAUUGACUGGCAUGGAAAUGACCAGUCUCCACCAAGAUGGGAAGAUCCGACCUGCAAGUUUCUGGCCAUGACAUUGAAGAUCGAUAAGGCAGAGAGCCAGUUAAGCUCUGAACCUUCCAACAUAAAGGGUGACCUGUUCAUGGCAUUCAAUGCAGCUGGCCAUGCAGAGAGUGUUAUUCUGCCCCCGGUUCCCGAAGGAAUGAUAUGGAGACGUUUGGUUGAUACUGCACUUCCAUUCCCAGGCUUUUUCUCGGAAGAUGGUGAGCCAGUAGUUGAGCAGAUAGCAGGGUUAAUUGCUUACAAAAUGAAUUCUCACAGCUGCACUCUAUUUGAAGCAGGCAUCAUGGAUGGUUGAUAUCCUUCGCCUACAAUCAUUUUGUUCAACUUUGUAAGUAUAGGUUUUGAGCCCACUGUAGAAUUAAGCCUACAAACUGUACCCAAUAUCUUUCCAAAUGCAAUUGGUGCUUUGCACCUACUGUAUAUUACUAAGCUUCUUUCAAUAAAAUAAUUAGUUGUUUGCAUUUGUUA